AUGAUGAAAAGCGGAAAAGGUAUGGUUAAACUCAAGGAAGAAGUACUUUAUCGCAUUUCCAAUCCACAAGCAAAGCAUUGUGUAGUUGGUCAGGAGUCCCAAAAUUCUGAGCUUUUACUCCCAGAAGAAUUGAUUGAAAAUGUUUUGACGGCUAUAGAACCAACAAUAAAGAGGCGGGAUAGUUUCGAGAUGCGAUUACCUGAGUUACCCAAGAUUGAUGUUCAUCCCACACAUCUACAAACAAAUGCUUCAUAUCCCGAAUCUCAUAUUUCCCCACUUUUGACGUCUGAUCCUAAGAAUGAGAGUUUUCUAAUUCACAAACAUUUAGCCUACAGUGCAGAUAACCUGUCCUGUCGCACGGUGAAUGAUGCUACAUUUGUGAGAGCUGCUUUCAGCAACCAACUUUCAAUGUUACAAGAUAGUGCAGCUGUUGUAGUUGUGCGGCUAGCAUUUGUGGCCUUAUCUACUCUGCCUACUCUUAUGGUUACUGCUGCAGUACAGCGUAAACUUCCCUGCAGAGUUGCAGGGUGCUUGAGGCACAGAGCACAA